CGGCGGCUGGGCAGGGAGUGUUUACCGCACGCGAGUCGUGCAAACGGUGGUGCGGCCGUCCGCGAGUCGUCGUACCGGUGCUGCCGCGAACGCCGUGUAGCGAUGCCCCUCGUCGGGACUUCGGAGCCGUGAUAUUGCCCGCCGCGUGCCGGAGAUAGUGGUCCGGCCUCCCGCGACAGAGCCGCUCGCGUCGGUGGCCGACGCGCCGCGCCGCCAGGCAACAAGCAUUCGUCCUUGAACGGGGCGGGCCAUGCUCUCCUGGCCGCUGUUGCUGCUGCUGGCGGCCGCGCUCGGCUGGCUGUGGGCGCGGAGACCGCGCCGUCCGUCCGGCUUCCCCCCCGGUCCUCCCACCUUCCUCAUCUUCGGCGACAUCCGGACGACGCUAGAAUUGCUGUUCGGAGACGUCCGCGAGGUGCUGCUCGACCGCCGGCGACGGUACGGCGACAUCAACGGCGUCGUCAGCCCUGGCGGGCAAUUCAUCGUCAACAUCUGCGCCUUCGAGGACAUCAAGGAGGCGUGCAGCAUGCCCGAGCUCAGCGGCAGACCCGAGACGUUCUCCUUUCUGGUGCGCAGCUUUAUGCAGAAACUGGGGAUAAUCUUCAACGACGGGGUGGUGUGGCAGGAAGGCAGGAGGUUCGCACUGCGGCAUCUGAAAGACCUGGGUCUGGGCAGGAGCUCAAUGGAGGACAGCAUCCUGGCCGAGUUCGAGCACCUACACGCGGAAAUGGAGCGCGACGUCGGGAAGCCGAUGCUGGUAAAUAAUCGCUUCAACCUGACCGUUCUGAACGUGCUGUGGAAGAUGGUGGCGAGCGAGCGGCUGGACCCGGCCGACCCGCAAUCCAUGGAACACGUGCGCCUCGUGAAUGACUCAAUCGCGGAGUUGGGGCCGCGCAACUUGCUGAUGAUAGCACCGUGGCUGCGCCACGUGGCGCCCGGCCUCAGCGGGUACAACGCGCUCGUGCAGCAACGGGACGCCGCGCUGGCCAUGUUCCAGCGCCUGGUGCGCCAGCACCGCGCCACGCUGGACCCGCGCGAUCCGCGCGAUUACAUCGACCGCUUCCUGCUGGAAAUGGAGACGGGGGACGCCGCUGAACGCGGCUUCAACGAGCUCAAUCUGGUCGUUAUUGGCAUGGACUUCCUGCUCGCCGGCAUGGAGACGACGUCCACCUCUCUGAGCUGGGCGCUGCUCUUCAUGGUGAAGCACCCAGAGGUGCAGCGCCGCGUGCAGCGCGAGGUCGACGCCGUGCUCGGCGGCCGCGCGCCGGCCGGUGCAGACCGCCUCGCGCUGCCCUACACGGACGCCGUGCUGAUGGAGGUGACGCGCCGCGCCGCGGUCGUGCCGCGCGCUGUGCCGCACGCCGCCACGCGGGACGUGCGCUUCCGCGGCUACCUGAUCCCGCGCGGCGCCGUCGUCAUGAUGAGCCUCCACGACGUGCACAUGGACGCGGCCUACUGGGGCGAUCCGGAGCGCUUCCGGCCGGAGCGCUUCCUGGACGAGUCGGGCGCGGCGCGCCGCGACCCGCGGCUCAUGCCGUUUGGCGUCGGCCGCCGCUCGUGCCUGGGCGAGCAGCUGGCGCGAGCUGAGCUCUUCCUGCUGUUCGUCUGCCUGAUGCAGCGCUUCUCGUUCGAGGCGGUGCCGGGAGAGGCGCUGCCGUCGGACGGCCAGUACGCGGCGCUGCUGCAGCCGGAGCCGUUCCACGUCACGUACCGGACCCGCGCUGAGAGCUCUAACUCCUCGACCUAGGGGAGAUCAGUUACACUCAGAGACAGAGGGGGUCAUCUGAGCUGUGACGACACCUGAAAGGCUUUACGAGGCUCCUUGGCGCCCGGAGGCGGAUAACUUUAUGAUGAGCUGCAUGCUGCCGCUCUGCCGACGUCACAAUUACUGUUGCAGUCAAACGUGAUGGGUGGCUUGUCCACUUCAGGGUUAGUUUAUGUGCAAUAACACGGUCCGAACCGAAUAACACCCAAAACCUGCCCCAGCACUGCACGCUGCGAGUUGCACUCGUCGGUCACGGCCCUCGAUGCACACGCGGAGGUGCUGAACAAUCAGCUUCCAUUGUCAACCACAUUAUGCCACGCUAUCCCUGCUUGGCGUCAUGUAAUCCGCAAUCUGUGAGUGUGCCAGUGGUGCGGAACGUGUCUUCUCUGUCUCCGACGAAUUUGGAGCAGUCUAAAUUGUCACCUGAAGGUAAAUCUAUCAGAAACCGGUGCGAUACAGCUCUAAGGCGAUACAUGACAAGGAGAAGUGAAAUGCAAUGCGGAAUAUCCACCACACAGCUUUGUUCGGAAGUUUCAUUCGCACAAAUGUACCAUUUGCUGGUCAUGCCAAAAGUCCCGGUGAUAUCAGGACGCGGGCCUUAGUGCCCAAGUGACUGGAACAGCGGGCUUAAGGCCUUCAGGCUUAAAAACCGGUGAGCACGUCGGGGUGGCGGGGCUCGGUCCAUUCACAAAAAAAUUACUGCACCGCUUUGCUAUGGGAUUGUACACUCUUUUUAUGCUUCGAACUAAGCUAUCUGAAUUUGAGAAUUGCUGUGCUGUUAAAGACGCAGCUAUAGCCUCUGUCUGUUACCACGAUGCGUGAAAUAGAGCUUCAUGAUUUUCAAUAAAUUCCAACAUACAGACGCAUAAGCCUUUAUCCUCGCCUUGGAAACAUUUCCUAUCCAUUCCAGAACCAUCAGCCAGAAAUAUAACACUGGAUAUCAAUGUUGUCUCAGAUUUCUCACUGCUGGCGUGAAAGAGUAGUGUAGACAUCGCUGUUCUCGCGCUGCCAUGCCCACGUGCACAAUCAGCAGCAGCAUUGCUUCUGCGAGCCCAGGGAGCGUGUGAACAUUCUUGGUCUUUAACCGUACCCCUUAUAUACUGUGUACAUGGGAAACGAUUCAUGGUCACAGGUUCCUGAAAUGAUGGCACAGGUGACCAGUGAGAAGCGAGUACGACAUUGUAGAAUGGUCAGGUAAGCCAGUCACAAGGUAGGACAUCGCGUUGCGAUCCCAGAACUAUCUAAUGCAACUGAGGCUGGUGAGGCUCUGAAGGCGGCGUUUUAAAGGAAGUAUCGGAUCACAUUACGGAAACCGGGUCUAGUUCAGGCACUGACGGAACAGAUGGUGUGUGGUGAGUGAGGUCCCUCUCAAGUUUAAAUGUCUUCUAGCGUUUUUUUCGUUCUAGAGACUUUUAUUUAAGGAUUCCGGAGACAUUAUGUCUUUAGAUAGCUGGAAGUUUUAGAAAUCUGGAAAUUUACUGUCGUGAGAUGUAGCUUUGAUGCAUCACAUCGCCAGGUCCUUUUGAUGAGAUUUUUAAUAAAUGUUCAAAAUUUUCAUCGUUCUCAUUCUUCAAUGCGGGCAAAACAUGAGUGGGAAUUGCAACACAGACUUAUGACAACCACACAGUUGGUAUCCAGUCAUGAAGGCCAGGUAAAACACUACAGGAUAUUCUUUCAUCGUAGUUAAUCUUAAAAUAACAUCAUUACGAUGUAAAACUCGCACUAUCUUUAUUCGCAUUCAAACUUCCUAGGCGGACGGUGACGCCCGUUGCGCUCGAUAGCAGGCUGCGGCGAGCGCGGACCGCUUGACACCGUGGAGCCAGUUGCGUGGUGUAUCAGUGUAAAUAGUUUAAAAGCUAUAGCUCCUGUUCCACUGCGGUAUGCCGAAAUGAAAUACAUUUACAUACUAAUCAACGCACAAGUGGUAUCGAGACAUAAUAUCCAGCACAUUUACUAAUCAUGAAACUGUUGCAUUGAGUGGUACAUUGUAACAACUUGACACACUUUUCAUCGCAGGCUUGCACCCGUCAUGGCUUCAGCACAGACCAGGUGUCAGUGCACAGCCUGAGCUGCAUGGCUAUGUCCUGGCACAA